AUGGAAAGGUCAUCACUUGUUUUGCCGGCGUCGCAUUUCAGGAAGAAGACGCAUACAGCACAAUUCUCGACCAAGCCUUUUGAUCGGAGAUCAAGAAUGUCCAAACCCGGCGUCGUUGCGGCCAUCAGCGAAGAUUUGGUCAAAACGCUGCGUUUGACCACAACCACCGGCGACAGAAAGAGCGAGGAGGAGGAGAAAGCGGCGGUGAAAUUCAAGGUGAGAGCUGUGGUUACGGUCAGGAACAAAAGCAAGGAGGAUUUCAAAGAGACUCUUGCUAAGCAUUUGGAUGCUUUUGCUGAUAAGAUCGGUCGAAACAUCGCCUUGGAGCUUAUUAGCACCGAGAUUGAUCCAAUUGGCCCGGUUCACUUCCCAUGCAAUUCUUGGGUUCAGUCCCAAAAAGAUCACCCGGAGAAAAGAAUCUUCUUCACUAAUCAGUCAUCGGAACUAUCUCGCCCGAAGCUCGGCGGCAAAAAGAUUCCUUACCCUAGACGGUGUCGCACUGGUCGCCAUUCAACUGAAACCGAUAAAGAAGCGGAGAGUCGGGUGGAGAAGCCACUACCGAUGUACGUACCACGGGACGAGCAAUUCGAAGAGACGAAGCAGGACACAUUUGCUGCAGGGAGGUUGAAGGCGGUCUUACACCACCUAGUUCCGUCGCUCAAAGCCAGCAUUUUAGCUGAGGACUUUGCUGACUUUGGCGAGAUCGAUGCUCUCUAUAAAGAAGGCUUGCUCCUCAAGUUAGGUUUUCAAGAUGAAAUCUUCAACAAAUUCCCUUUGCCUAAGGUCGUCGUUAAUACCCUCCAAGAAUCUAGUAAAGGACUCCUCAAGUACGACACUCCCAAAAUAUUAUCGAAGGAUAAAAACGCAUGGCUACGAGACGACGAGUUCGCGCGUCAAGCCAUAGCUGGAAUUAAUCCAGUAAACAUCGAGAGAGUCAAGACUUUCCCUCCGGUCAGUAAUCUUGACCCCGAAAUCUACGGUCCACAACACUCCGCUCUCACUUCCGACCACAUCGUCGGACAUCUUGACGGCAUGUCCGUACAACAAGCGUUGGAAGAGAAUCGAUUGUAUAUGUUGGAUUACCAUGACAUAUACUUACCUUUCCUAGACCGGAUAAAUGCGCUAGACGGACGCAAAGCUUAUGCUACUCGAACCAUAUUCUUCAUGACUCGCCUGGGAACACUCAAGCCCGUAGCCAUUGAACUAAGCCUUCCUUCCCACGGCAAAAACCACCGCUCCAAACGCGUGGUUACACCUCCGGUCGAUGCAACCUCCAAUUGGGUAUGGCAGCUCGCUAAAGCCCACGUUAGCUCUAACGAUGCUGGAGUCCACCAACUUGUUACGGACACAUGCGUGCUUGGAACCGCAACUGAGCGUAUGCAUCCGAUAUUCAAGCUACUGGACCCGCACAUGAGGUACACGUUGGAAAUCAAUGCAUUGGCGAGACAGUCGUUGAUCAGUGCCGACGGUGUGAUUGAAGGAGGCUUCACCGCCGGCUCUUACGGCAUGGAAAUGAGCGCCGCCGCAUAUAAAAGCAGCUGGCGUUUCGACAUGGAAGGCCUCCCUGCCGAUCUCGUUCGCAGAGGAGUGGCAGUUCCUGACGCAACACAACCACAUGGGAUUAAACUCCUAAUCGAAGACUAUCCGUACGCCAACGAUGGCCUUUUACUAUGGUCCGCGAUCCAAACCUGGGUCCGAACCUACGUGGGUCGCUACUACCCGAACCCGAACCUAAUCCAAACAGACUCGGAGCUCCAAUCCUGGUAUUCCGAAUCAAUCAACGUCGGCCACGCCGAUCUCCGUGACGCCGAGUGGUGGCCGGAGUUAAACACCGUCGACGACCUCGUCUCGAUCAUCACCACCAUAAUCUGGCUCGCCUCUGCUCAACACGCCGCUCUCAAUUUCGGCCAAUAUCCUUACGGCGGCUACGUCCCGAACCGACCGCCGUUGAUGCGAAGGUUGAUCCCCGACGAGUCGGAUCCGGAGUACGCGAGUUUUAUCUCCGACCCGGAGAGAUUUUAUUUCUCGUCGAUGCCGAGUUUGUUGCAGACGUCGAAGUUUAUGGCGGUGGUUGAUACUUUGUCGACUCAUUCGCCGGAUGAGGAAUAUAUCGGGGAGAGACAGCAGCCGUCGAUUUGGACCGGAGAUGCGGAGAUCGUUGAUGCGUUUUAUGGAUUUGCAGCGGAAAUCGGACGGAUAGAGAAAGAGAUUGAGAAAAGGAACAGUGAUCCUGACCGUAGAAAUAGGUGUGGGGCCGGGGUUUUGCCUUAUGAGUUGUUGGUUCCAAGUUCUGAGCCUGGGGUCACGUGCAGAGGUGUGCCUAAUAGUGUAUCGAUAUAA